GGCGGCUGAGGCGAGGGGGACGGGGCGCCAUGGCGGCCGAGCGAAAGAGCAAACUGUCCAAGAACCUCCUGCGCAUGAAGUUUAUGCAAAGGGGAUUGGACUCAGAAACCAAAAAACAGCUCGAGGAGGAAGAGAAGAAGAUAAUCAGUGAGGAGCACUGGUAUUUGGAUUUACCAGAAUUGAAGGAGAAAGAGAGUUUCAUAAUAGAGGAGCAGAGUUUUAAGGUGUGUGAAGAUCUUCUCUAUGGAAGAAUGUCAUUUAAUGGAUUUAAUCCAGAAGUAGAGAAGUUAAUGAUCCUAAUGAAUCCGAAGAAAAAAGAGGAAAAAAUUGAGGAUGUAGAAAUGGAGGUUGAUGUGUCAGAUGAAGAAAUGGCCAGAAGGUAUGAAACAUUAGUAGGAACAAUCAAGAAAAAAUUUGCCAAAAAAAGAGACCGUGGAAAACUUGAUGAAAAUGGAAACCUGGGGCCAUCUAAAGCCAAGAAGACGUUUUUAAAACCCCAAGAUUAAAAUCAAAUGAACUCACUGAAGUUUCAAGCAGUUCAGACGCCCGUUUUGGAACCAUUGUUAAUUUGAUCUUGUUAUGCAAUUAUUGGUCAUGUAAGUUUGUAAUAUGGAAAUAUGCUGUUCCUGAAACAGGUGAAUGAUGGAUGUUAUACAUCCUUUACUGAGCAGAUUUUAGUUGUGGUUUGGCCUUCUAGGCCUCUAGCUAUUAAGAGGGUGUGGUCGCUGCCUAAAGCCUUUUAGGAGAGUUGGGAAAGGGAGUGAUUUGAGUUUAGAAAAAAAAAAAACCAGGAGCUAACUUUUUUUGGCUUUAUUGCCCUUGACUUCUUAUGUUCAGUCAUAUUGAGCGCUUUCUGCGUGCAGAGCACUGUACUAAGCACUUGGAAGAGGACAGUCCCUGCUCAUAACGAGCUCACAGUCUAGAGGGUGAGACGUGUUCGUCCUCCGUAUCAGCACAGCAAGGAUGGUACUUAACAGAAUCUCCAAGUACCAUCCUUCCUGGUCUCUUGAGGUCUAGUGAGAGAGAGCGUGGGAGACCUUAGGUGGGGGUGGUCGCUGCUCACCUACUUGCCUUCUCCCCUAAGUUCCCAUAACUCUCUCAAGACAACUCUCCCGGCAUCAUAACUGAUACUGCCCCUGCCAUUGGUCUGAAUUUUUAAGCCAGAACAGUUUAGAAUACAAAACUAACUGUAGACUUUUUGUUUCCCUUGAAAAUUAACCCAGAUAAGUUGAUCGCCAAUUUGUAUUGCCAUUUUUAAUCAAGAAUUUCGAGGUUUUAAUAAUGCCCUAUGCCGUUUUGACAGGCUCCACUCGUUCCCUAUAACCACCUCACCCCUGUCCCCACCACCAUAGCCUGUGAUGCUGCUGGGGUUCAGAGUCUCCCCCAGUGUGGGAUUUCCAGCCUAGCUGGGGGAGAGAUCUUUAUGUCUACCCCUUUCCCUGUCUCUCCAGUGAAACCUCACUCUCCAUCUUGGUUCCCAAGAUGUGGCCUGCCCCCACAGCCCCUCAACUUCCUCCAACUGUUCCCUGGGCCUGUGGGAAGAGAUGGAGACUGUGCCUUUCCGCCUUUCCACCUCUGUGUGCCCCUAGUCUUCUUGGACAGAGAGCAUUUAGGGGCCAGAGACCCCUGGAUUCUGGUCCAACCCUGAGGUUGUAUGAGACGAGUCCCCUGAGGAAGUGAAACUGUCACAGGGCAGAGGCACACCGAGAUUCUCAUCCACCCCCCGAACAUACCCACUCCUAGGCAGGGGCCCGGUUAGGUGGGAAAAGGUUCAACAGAGCGAACAAUGAUUCAGGGACUUUCUGAACAAAUGGAAUUGCCUUGGCCAUGUGUCCCAUAACUGCCUAAUAGAUUCCUUACGGUCGCCUACAGACCACGGGUAACAUGUGAAUGUCAUUAGUUGCAAACCAUUACCAUUCUUUACAAGGGCUUGGGUUUUAUACUGGUCUGGAAUUGUGUUUAAACAGGAAAUUUUUGCUCUGCUAUCAUAUUAGAUUGCCCUAGUGUCCUUUUAUAAUUCUUUGAGGGCAAAAGGCAUUCUGAAACUAAAUAAAAACUUUGUCCUUCAA